AUGUGUGACAUGGGAGGACUAGAUAAUCUGAUAGCAAACACCGCUUACUUGCAGGCCAGAAAAAGUAGUGAGGGAGAUUUGAAAGAGUUACAGAAGAGGCGCAAGAGUUUGUCGCUACCUCCAAAGGAUGCUUGUCGCAAUGAAAUUAAAGAUUCUGUUAACCUGGAGUAUCAUAGUAUCUGUGAAGAGCAACCAAUUGGCCGGAGACUAUUUAGAGACUUCCUAGCCACAGUGCCUGAGUAUCUGCUGGCCGAAACCUUCCUGGAUGAAAUCGUUGACUGGGAAUUGGAGGAGGACACAAGCAAGGUUAAGUUGGCACAGAAUUUGGUUAGCCAAAGAUUCAAAGAUAAUGCUGAGGGCCAGUUGCCUUUUAUGAGUGCAGAUCUUAUUAAAAAAGUCCAGCAGGCACAACUCAGUGAGCUUCCACCAUUGCUUCAGCUUGCUAAGGAGGAGGUAAAUAACUACCUAAAGGAGGCUCCAUUCCAGGAUUUCCAGAACAGCAUCUUCUAUGAUCGAUUCCUCCAGUGGAAGGCCUUUGAGAGGCAACCGAUUACCCACAAAUACUUUUAUGAAUUCAGAGUGCUGGGAAAAGGCGGCUUUGGAGAGGUAUGUGCCAUCCAAGUGAAGAACACAGGACAGAUGUAUGCAUGUAAAAAAUUGGACAAGAAGCGUCUUAAGAAAAAGAAUGGGGAGAAGAUGGCUUUAUUGGAAAAGGAGAUCCUAGAGAAAACUAACAGCCCCUUCAUUGUCUCUCUGGCCUAUGCAUAUGAAACUAAAAGCCACCUGUGCCUAGUGAUGACCCUCAUGAAUGGAGGAGACCUCAAGUUUCAUAUCUAUAACAUCGGAGAAAAAGGGCUGGAGAUAAAAAGAGUGAUAUUUUACAGUGCUCAGAUUAGCUGUGGGCUUUUGCACCUUCAUUCUAUUAAGAUCCUCUACAGGGACAUGAAGCCAGAAAAUGUUCUUCUGGAUGACAAUGGCAACUGCCGGUUGUCUGAUUUAGGACUUGCGGUUAAAGUAAAGGAAGAAAAGCCCAUCACAAACAGGGCUGGCACUAAUGGCUACAUGGCACCCGAGCUCCUAAAGGAGGAGAGUUACUCAUAUCCCGCUGACUGGUUUUCAAUGGGCUGCACUAUCUACGAAAUGAUUGCAGGUCACACACCAUUUAAAGAUCCAAAAGAUAAAAAUAAAGAUGAUGUGAAACGCAGGACAUUGGAGGAAGAGGUUGUAUUCAACCAUCCAAACUUUACUCCAGAGGCUAAGGAUAUAUGUAAACUGCUGCUCGCCAAGAAGCCUGAACAGCGACUGGGUAGCAGAACCAAUGAUGACGAUCCAAGGAAACAUCAAUUCUUUAAAUCCAUAAAUUUCCAAAGGCUGGAAGCCGGUAUGGUGGACCCACCAUUUGUACCAGACCCAUCUGUGGUCUAUGCCAAGGACGUUGCAGAUAUAGCUGAUUUCUCUGAGGUCAAAGGGGUUGAGUUUGAUGAGAAAGAUGCCAAAUUCUUCAAGAGGUUUUCUACUGGCGCAAUACCAGUCAGCUGGCAGAAGGAGAUCAUCGACACUGGACUAUUUGAUGAACUUAAUGACCCAAACAGGGAAAGCACUGGGAGAUACAUGAGUGGUGGUGAGAGGAAGUCAGGAGUAUGUUCUAUAAUAUAG